AUGGCUGCCCUUCCACGCCAGUUUCCAGACUUGGCCAUCUACCUGACGGACCAGACCCGGACACCCAUUGUCUCGUCGGCCAGCGGAUGGGGCCGAGACGAGGAAGACGGCGAUGAGGACGGCGCCAAUGCCACUGUCAACGGAAAUGAAAAUGAAAAUGUCAAUGCAAGUACAUCGGAUAGCGCCACAAAGCCCACCCGCCAACAGCGGGCCGCUGCUCUGGACGACCUGGCGGCCACGGCGCUCCGCGCGCGGGAUGCGGCCGCCCGACUGGGUCUCGGUGCCGACCUGCCGCAGGCCUCGGACGCAGGUGGGCUCGACGGCUCGACGGCGUCGCUGCUGGCCGCCUUGGGUCUGACGCCGCCGGAACACAUGGUGGUCACGUACAGCACCGGCAGUGUGGUCAUUGACAACUUUUUGGACCCGCAGCAGCAGCAGCGGCGGCGCCACGCCGCAUCCGGACCAUCUGGACCAUCAACUGCAUCUUCACCAGGACAGGGACAGGAGGCGACGGUGAACCAAGUGGGAACCAAUGGCCAAGGCGAAACGACUGACCUCGGCAGGGACAACGACGCAGAGGACGCGGCAGGCGGCCGUGCUCCGCUACUCGUGGGAUUGGUUGCCGCACCGGAUGCGCAGUCGCUCGGAGAUGCGCGGCAGGCAACCGCUCGCUUAGAACGCGUGGGUCUGGCCGUGCAGCAAGAAUUGGCCGCACAGGGCCGGAGGAGGCAAUGA